AUGCCCAUCCUGGAAAAGGCCCCCCAAAAGAUGCCUGUAAAGGCUUCUAGCUGUGGGGAGCUGGACUUACCUAAAUUACCAGUGCCCCCGCUGCAGCAAACCCUGGCCACCUACCUACAGUGCAUGCAGCAUCUGGUACCUGAAGAGCAAUUCAGGAAGAGCCAGGCCAUUGUGAAGCGGUUUGGGGCCCCUGGUGGCCUGGGUGAGACCCUGCAGGAAAAGCUCUUGGAGAGACAGGAGAAGACAGCCAAUUGGGUCUCUGAAUACUGGCUGAAUGACAUGUACCUGAACAACCGCCUGGCCCUGCCAGUCAACUCCAGCCCUGCUGUGAUCUUUGCUCGGCAGCACUUCCAAGACACCAAUGACCAGCUAAGAUUUGCAGCCUGCCUCAUCUCUGGUGUGCUUAGCUACAAAACUCUGCUGGACAGCCACUCCCUUCCCACUGACUGGGCCAAGGGGCAGCUCUCAGGGCAGCCCCUCUGUAUGAAGCAAUAUUACAGACUCUUCUCCUCUUACCGGCUUCCUGGCCAUACCCAGGACACACUGGUGGCCCAGAAGAGCAGUAUCAUGCCCGAGCCUGAGCAUGUCAUCGUGGCCUGCGGCAACCAGUUCUUUGUCUUGGAUGUUGUCAUUAAUUUCCGCCGUCUCAGUGAGGGUGAUCUGUUCACUCAGUUGAGAAAGAUAGUCAAAAUGGCGUCCAACGAGGAUGAACGCCUGCCUCCAAUCGGCCUGCUGACGUCAGACGGGAGGAGCGAGUGGGCCAAGGCCAGGACGGUCCUCUUAAAAGACUCCACCAACCGGGACUCCCUGGACAUGAUCGAGCGCUGCAUCUGCCUGGUAUGCCUGGAUGGUCCAGGCACAGGAGAGCUCAGUGACACCCACAGGGCCCUCCAGCUCCUUCACGGUGGAGGCUGCAGCCUGAACGGAGCCAACCGCUGGUAUGACAAGUCCCUGCAGUUCGUGGUGGGCCGAGAUGGCACCUGCGGCGUGGUGUGUGAGCAUUCUCCAUUUGAUGGCAUCGUCCUGGUGCAGUGCACAGAGCACCUGCUGAAACAUAUGAUGACAAGCAACAAGAAGCUCCUCAGGGCUGACUCAGUGAGUGAGCUCCCUGCCCCCAGAAGGCUGAGGUGGAAAUGUUCCCCAGAAACCCAGGGCCACCUCGCCUCCUCAGCAGAGAAACUUCAAAGAAUAGUAAAGAAUCUGGAUUUCAUUGUUUAUAAGUUUGACAACUAUGGAAAAACAUUUAUCAAGAAGCAGAAAUACAGCCCCGACGGCUUCAUCCAGGUGGCCCUCCAGCUGGCCUACUACAGGCUUUACCAGAGACUGGUGCCCACCUAUGAGAGCGCAUCCAUCCGCCGCUUCCAGGAAGGUCGGGUGGACAACAUCAGAUCGGCCACUCCAGAGGCUCUGGCUUUUGUGCAAGCCAUGACAGACAACAAGGCUGCCAUGCCGGCUUCUGAGAAACUGCAGCUGCUGCAGACAGCCAUGCGGGCCCAGACUGAGUACACAGUCAUGGCCAUAACCGGCAUGGCCAUUGACAACCAUCUUCUGGCACUGAGGGAGCUGGCCCGAGACCUGUGCAAAGAGCCACCUGAGAUGUUCAUGGAUGAAACAUACCUGAUGAGCAACCGGUUUGUCCUCUCCACCAGCCAGGUGCCCACAACCAUGGAGAUGUUCUGCUGCUAUGGCCCCGUGGUCCCCAAUGGCUAUGGAGCCUGCUACAACCCCCAGCCCGAGGCCAUCACCUUCUGCAUCUCCAGUUUUCACAGCUGCAAAGAGACGUCGUCUGUGGAGUUUUCGGAAGCUGUGGGAGCGAGCCUUGUUGACAUGAGAGACCUCUGCAGUUCAAGGCAGCCUGCUGACAGCAAGCCACCAGCACCCAAGGAAAAAGCUAGGGGCCCAACCAAGCCAAGCGAUCUUGACUCCAGCCACUAGCCCAGCCUCCUACAGAAGUCAGACCCUACUAAGCUCUGUUCCCAUCCCCCACCCCAGCUUGCUGCUGCUCCCCCUAACCUUGGGGGCUCACAUGAAGCUGGCAUGUUAAGAGAGAGCCCCUCAUUAUAUUUAUCAAGGUGGCCUCUGGCCUUUACAACUGGAAAUGAGACCCAGCCUGGUUUGGAAGCAACCUGGGUGAGCUGGGAGUUCCCGAUGAGGUCCUCAGAAACGUAACCUUUACCCUUUUCCCAGCAACACCCAGUGGCACAUGUGGUAGCUCUGCCCAGUGGAAGAACAGUCAUCCCACCACAUGUUAUGGGCCCAAAUAGGUCAUGAAGGCAGAGGCUAGCUCUGGAUCACUAUCUGUGGCUGUCCCUCCACACACUCACCUGCACACGGACAGCCUGAGUGGGUUUAGAAUACAGUGGCCGGCACCCGUAAAGAUGUUUCUUCCUUUAUCUUCCAUAGCACAGACUUCCUGGAGUUCCGAUAAUCUCAUCUAGCUAUUC